GUGCGCUGUAUUUACAAGUGUACGGUACUGUGGGAAAGAUGGCGGUAUUCAAUCACGUCGUAGGCAAGCGACUCUGCGGAGUUAAAAAAGGCUGCUGAUCGCAAACCAAAGAAACUCUUCCCGAUUUAACAUAGGCCUAGAAUCUAACUUUCAGAUCUUAUACUAGAUCUACUUAGCUGUGACCUACUGGCGUGUGAACGGAAUGAAGCCCGAUCAGUGAGCUGAGCCUGAGUGAGGAAAAAUUUGACAAUUCUGAGUGACAUGACUCAGUUUGAGUUUCUCUUUCUCUAGCUACAUGUAACUGACACUCACUGCACUUAGCUGAGGUGACGAUGUGCUCAUUAAUUACGGGUGAAAACGGCCGACAAACGGAGCUGAUCCUGAGAGUGAGACUGGUGAUGGAGAGUCUGACUCGAGUAACAGUCUUAAAGGGCCUGUGAUUGUGAGGUGAUUUGUUUAUGUGAUAGUGAUAUAUCCCUUACAUGGCACAGUAAUGAUAACCAUGGAGAAAAUUGAUGAAGUGGCCAAUCAAAGGCCAGGAGCUGGAGACUGUGUCUUGCCGAAUGGCAUGGAGCAUCACCUGUCAUCUGAGAAGCAUGGAUCACCAUCCAAGCUCUCCAAAGUCUUGGAUCAUAGACAAACAAAAUGCCAUACUCUUCAAGUUGCAGUUAAUGGAGACAUGAACCAUGAUGGUUUACAAGUGCAAUCUUCCCCAGACCAUCUUAUUUCUAAGAGGAAAGAAAAUGGUGACCCCUCCACAAGUAGCUCAUCGGACGAAGGAAAAAAUUCCCCCAUCUGUCAAAACUACCCUGAUCACCACUUGCUCAGAGGCAAUAGAAACAAUGGGGAAUCCCCUCCCAGCAGUACUGAUGUCAGAUGUAUUACCAAUGGGGAAUUUGUAUCAGACUCUGUUAAAAUGCCAGAAAGGCGGAAAAGUCGUGAACUGAGCUUGAGCCUUGGCUUGCCUCCAAGGGAUUGUGUCAUAAGGGAAGAGGAUGAAAACAGAACUGAAAAUGAUCCUAGACAUAAAGUGGUCUUAAAAGAUAAACUCCCACCUCCCAAAGAAUCUCUGCUAUUACGACUCUUUGAGUCAAAGCAUCUUGAUGCUUCAAUUGCCAUAACACACUUGUACAAGUCUAAGGAGCCAGGAGUCCAAUCAUACAUUGGCAAUAAGCUGUUCAGUCUAGAUGAGGAUGAUUUUGAUUUCUACCUGCCUCAGGUUCUCAAUAUUUUCACCCACAUACCAGAUUUAGCAGAUGUCAUUCGCCCAUAUCUUACACAUAGGUGCAAAUCAAGCAUAGACUUCUCCUUGCAUUUAGUAUGGAUGUUGGAAGCCUACAUGCCAGACUUGAACUUUCCAUCCCGCAAGCAGUCUCGAGGAGCUAAGCUUCGAAAGCAGAUUCUCUCUGAGGAGCUUCGGCCAAAGGUGAAGCGUGAAUCACUUUCAUCAACGGCAUCUCAGUUGCCUCCUAUGGAUCUUCACAGUCCAACAUCGAUGGUUUCCCCGAAGAGAACACAUUCAAGAUCCAGAUCAGAUGCCACUGCAACAAUCACACCAGAUAUAGUAGGAGCAUUGCGGCAAGGAGACAGACGUCUUGGAGACCUUACCUCUGGUCGUGCCUUUGACAGCCAGUGUACCUGCUUUGACAGCUCUGAAAAUAAACUAAAUGAAUUGACAGGGCGCCCUCAGGCAGUAAUGGAUUGCCAGUGUCAGGCCCCAAGACUUGCACCAAUGUUAGAAUUUCUCAAGGUUUUGAUGGGUAUUGGUAAGAAACUACAGGGUCUACCUACAAGAGAGCUUAGAACGACUCAAUUAUUUUCUGAGCUUCAGAAGUUAAACUUGAAUCUCCCAGCUAGGAUCUGGGUUCCCUCAACUGCCUCAAAGAAUCACCAUGUCGUCCGCAUUCCACACACUGCUGGGGUAGUCCUCAACUCGAAAGACAAAGCUCCUUAUCUCAUCUACGUUGAGGUGUUAGACUGUGAGAACAAGCACACAUCACCCCUUCCAGCAAAGAUUCUAGAAAACACCUUGCGAUUUACCAAGUCAGAAGAGAACCUCAGCAGGUAUUUUAAUGGUGAAUCUGCUCCAGCUACUCAUACACCACCGACAAUGUAUCCAGUCUAUCACAUGAAUGAUUCUGAUCAUGAUUGCUGGUCACAGGAGGAUGAUGAUAUACUCCAGCAAUACUCAAGCUACUCAAAAAAGUCUAGCUCUAGUGAUACAAUAUCUCAAUUCUCACAUGAGAGUGUGACUAGUACAGACAGCAAGGAACCAGUUUAUAUCGCUGCUGGUGAUAUUAGGAGAAGGCUUGCAGAAUCCAUGACAACGCCUUCAACGACAUUCAAGCAUGACCCAGAAGACCCUUCAGCCUCAGCAUUGAAAGAGCCAUGGGAUGAGAAAGAGAAACGCAUCAGACAGUCAUCACCGUAUGGACACUUGCCUAACUGGCGCCUUCUUACCGUCAUUGUAAAGUGUGGCGAUGACCUACGGCAGGAACUUCUCUCAUUCCAGUUCAUCACACAAUUACAGAACAUAUGGAGACAGGAGCAUGUUCCACUGUGGGUACGUCCCUGCAACAUCCUGGUGACAUCUAACAACAGUGGUUUGAUUGAGCCUAUCAUCAAUGCCAUCUCCCUUCAUCAGGUGAAGAAGAACAGUAAGAGUACACUCCUGACGUACUUCCAUCGAGAGUUUGGUGGACCAAGCACAGAGAACUUCCUCACUGCACAGAAGAACUUUGUGCAGAGCCUUGCAGCGUACUGCUUGGUCUGCUACUUGGUUCAAGUCAAGGAUAGGCACAACGGCAACAUCCUCCUAGAUCCUGAAGGUCAUAUAAUCCACAUUGAUUUUGGUUUUAUUCUCUCAUCUUCACCCAAGAACCUUGGCUUUGAGGCAUCCCACUUCAAACUCACACAUGAAUUUGUAGAGGUAAUGGGUGGUGUUGGGAGUGACAUGUUUGAAUACUACAAGAUUCUGAUGUUACAGGGAUUAAUAGCUGCAAGGAAACACAUGGACAAACUAGUUCAACUGGUUGAGGUGAUGACAGGAUCUGAGCUGGCCUGUUUCAAGCAGGGUGCAAGUACAGUGAAAGCCAUGAAGGAAAGAUUUCAUAUGAACCUGACAGAGGAGCAGCUUCAGCUUUGGGUGCAGAACAUGGUAGAGUCCAGUAUGCAUUCUCUCACCACCAGAUUGUAUGAUGGGUUCCAAUACCUCACCAAUGGUAUAUUCAUCUAGACCCAUCUCAGUGGAAUAGACUAGAGGGCUUCUAGCUGACAAGAGGUGUCAUGGUGCAGUGGUCAAGUCACUGGGGUUUUACCAAGGGUUUAAAAUGUUUUGCCCCAAAAUUAUUUGACGGUCCUUCAUUGCGUGUAUGAGCUAUGUUCACCCAGGUGAGUUGUUUGAUAGAAAAGGGCUUUUCCGCCCUUGUGUCAUGUUAGACAGGGACUGUGAGUGUUGACAUCCGGUAAUGAUUCUGAUAGACAAUAAAAGACUUCCCCAAAAGUGUUUUAUAAAGUAUCUUAUCAGUAAUUUUCACUGACAAACUGCUCUGAGCCAUUCAGAUGCAAUUAUGCAUUAUAAUAAAGAGUGAAAAUCACUAUUUUUUUUUGACCUGCUCUCUGGGACCCAAUCAUCAUCUAAGGAAAUAUUUCUUCUUCUAGCAUCAGAAAUUGAUCAGCUUUGUGGGAUCUAACAGAAGAAACAGUCCAAGAUGUGAAUAGUUGGUUGUGAGUAGGGGAAUAAAAUUCCUCCUUCAAAGUUAGAAUCUGUUUGCUAUUGAAGGCCCAUGAGACAUCUGGCAAUUUUGGUGUGUACAAUUCUUUGAUGAUUUCAGAAUUCUGGUUAGAAUCUCAGGUUGUUAAAGUCAAUUAUUUCUUUCCUCUAAUGCUUAUCAGAUGAAAUGUCAGCUUAAGAGGAAAUAUUACUGAGGCAUUUGUAAGUUAUUCAGAGGAACCUUUUUCGUAUGGAUUUCAAAUUGAAGAAAAGGAAGGAAUUAGUAAUGUAAAUGGCCCAAGUCGUUAAUGAGAUGGCCCAAGUCAUUGAUGAGUGGUUUGUAGUUUAGAGUGAUUUGAAAAAAUUGAAUUUCAAAUGUGGAUCAAUGACAAAGAAUGAAUUUGAAAGGUAAGCUUGUGAACUGAUAAGUCAAUGAUUCAUGUGCAUGUACUGUGAUUGUGUUUGAUUGGCUAGAUGAAGUUAGAGCAGCUGUCGUUGUUUCAACUUUCAAAUGAGCUUUGGAAAUGGACCAAUUUGAUGUUGAUGAUCAUCCUUUGCAAGCCUAUUUUCUCUUGUACUCUUAUUAAAAUGGGGGAACAAUUCAGCUUUACAUGUUAAGAUCACUGCUUAUUAAUUAAUAAUUCUGGUAUUUCAUGAAGAAAUCGACAGGGCCAAACUACACUUUCAGUGGUUUAAUUAGGCCGCAUGAAGCUAAAAUCUAUGUCUGCUAUUUAUGUGUUGUUAGUUUACAGCCCUAAAAUGAACAAAAUGAUUAUUAAAAAAAAUAAAUGUUUUUUUUUUUAAAAUUUUGUAUUCAUGGUGGAAUAUAGUUGCCCUCUUUUAGGGCUAGAAAAGAAUGAGAGGGAAGCACUCUAUCCUAACAAGGUUUGCUUCAUGGCAACUUUGGAAAAUUGUAAAAUUGUGUUUUAUUUUGGAACACUACAUGUAAGGCUGCCUUGUUAGCAAAUGUUUGUACCACCUUAACACAUUUAAUUUUGAAUACUUACUGUGUUUCUGUAAGAAAAAGCAUAACUCAAAACAAAAAUUUCAUAAUCACUUUUCUGAGUACAUUGUGGUUUUAGGAAUGAUCUGUAUUGGUCCUGAAGGAAAUUGUAUUGAAAUCAACAUUACAAAACAGUGGUAAUUAUAAUUGCUCCAAAUCAAGCAGAUAUAUUUCUAUUUUGUAGACAAAUGUGAUAGCAAGACAUUGCAUUUCUUAGUGUAUUAUGUGUUACUAGGCACAUGAUGAAGUCGUAUGUAUGUUUCUUGUUUCUGUUCUCAGAUAAGUGCUUUGAAAUAUCUUUGAUCUGAAAGAGUUUAUGAACGUAAGUGUGUAUAACUGGCAUUCGGAAUAAGCCUUCAUUGUUUUUCUCCAUGUGUUUCACAGGGUAUAAAUUAUACAUGAUGGCAUACCCCUCUCUAUAUCCCUCUUUCCCUUCUUGUAUUCCCUCUUCAAGCUCCUCUGUCUCCUUCACUAUCUUUCAUGACAUCAGAUGAAUGUAAAAUAAAAGUGUUGUCAUACCGAGCAGAGCAAUAUAUACCAAUAUAUUGUAUGGAAUUAAAGUUGAACAAAAAGUGACAAUAUAGGACUAUUUAUCUGAAUUACAACUUAUGUCUGUAGCUUAUGUGUGGAUUGUAUUUAAUUUUCUUUUGUUUGAAUUUGUGAUUAAAAGAAUCGUCUUGCCAAAGCCUCUAUUUUUGUCAUUAUAAUUAUUGCAGAGCCCUUAUUCUUUAUAGUAGUAUCACCAUUAUAUCAAUUUGUAAUGUACAUGUACCUUACCAACUUUGCCAAGGAUAUUUAUAGUAGACUAUUUCUGUAUUUGUCAGCUAUUUAAUUCUUUAAGUUUGUACCGAAGAUGUUGUGCUUAUAGUGGAUUCAGAUUAAUCUGCACCAGCUUGAUAAGUUUAAUUGUUCUUCAUCAGUCAUAAUUAUGUCAGGUGUGAGAACACAUAACUGUACUGAAAUAUUGUAAUUAUUUUCAUUUGCCCAAGUCCAGUGUAAAACAAUCUUUUCAUCAUGCAAAAUGACCUUGUGAGGAUUCUUUUUUCUUACACCUCUAAAAUCAUGUCUCAGACUGCCAUGUCACUGGUACUGGCCUACUUAUAUAUCAAUGCAUAAUUAUUUACACUGGUAACAUUCAUCAUUUCACCUGAUUAUCAGCACAUCAUUUUAACAAGAUCCAAUACAAUCGAUCACACGCCUCUUCAAAUAUGUCACUAUAUAUUAUCUUAUAUUCCACAUUUUGAAGGAAAAGAAAACAAGUUAUAAUAAAGAACGAGACCUAUAUUUACUAGACUGUGUUCAUGGAAUGGUUUAUCCUCAAAAGUAGAUCGAAGACAGAGAGGUCAACACUUAUUGUUUAAUGUGAUGAGUACUUGUAAUUCAUUUGUGUAUUUAAUUAUGUUUUCAUUCUUAGCUGCAUGUGUUUAGUGUUAGCACAUUUAUCAACACAUAGCACAAACUAGAUUAUAUCUGCUUUGUAAUUGUGUUAUCUAUGCAAUAGUUUAAGUAGAAGAUGAUGCAGAUUAUCCAGUAUUGAUUAAAGUUAGAAUAAUUUGCUUAAUAAUUAAGUGGAAAUAUAGCCCUCAAACAGGUGGUGUGUCACAAGUGAUCUGUAAUAACCUCUUUAUAAGUAUUCUUGAAUGACCAAAAUCACCUUUGCAUUUUGCUCUCACUACCUGUGACCCUACUAGCAGUCAUUCAGUAACUUUUUUCUUAGACUUGAAAUCAAUCCUGUAAGAAAUAGUGUAAAUUAAUACAACCUGAUUAAUGGGCUAUUAUUCUGCAAUUGAAUUAUUUGCAAUGCUUGUGUGAAUGAACAGAACACAAAGUAUAUCAAGUUUGAAAGUGAACACAAACAUUUGUAAUUAGUAACAAAGUUCAAACCUUUGAUUGGUUGAUAAUUGGAAGUAGCUGAGCACUAUGCAUGCAACUACAAAUUUGAUUUUUCAUUGAAGUUUUGUGUUCAUUCAGGAGAUGUUGUGAUUACAGAGUCUGUUACUUUUUUUUUAUUUUGUUAGUCUGCAUGCACAGACCUUGGUUUUUGAAAAGAAUAUAAUGCCAAGUCUGAAGUAGUGAGACUAGAUUGUACUGUGGUUGCUUCAACAUAAAUUUUGUUUGGAGUCUUGUUUCCUCCCCGACAUAUUAUUUGUUAUCUAGUGUAAUAUUUGAGUCUGUGUUAGCAGACUAAUUUUUGAUAGCACCUUAUUUUUGUAUAAUGAACUCUAUAAUAAUCCUAUUGCAAAUGAAAAGAAGGUUGUUGUCAAAUAUUGAUCCUCCCCUAUCCAUCAUACAUUCCAUAACAUUAAAAUUCCCAGGAAUAGGUGUUAUCUUUAGGGAGAAAUAGCACAAGAAAAUAUUUUGGAUCACAGGAUUGACUUAGUCAUGAGAGAUCUCAUUAUUAAUCAUACUUUAGUUACAACCUUAUUUUAAUGUGGAUAUAAAUGCCACAUUAAAUGGGUCGCAUCCCUGAUGAUUUGUUGGUAAACACAAUUAAGAAUAAGAAAUGAAUCCUAGAAAAGUGAUGUUUCAUGAUCAGUUGGCAUCAUAUGGAUGAUUCUACUGAUGUAUCUUUGGAAUUGUAAAACUCUGUCAGCUCAAAGUAAAUGUUUUUUGAAGGUAUGUAGCAUUUGAAUUUGCCUGAAGAAAUGUUCAAAGUACAUGUAUGUUUGAAUGUGUAAAGGUAUGUGACUUAUGAUCAUUAUAGAUAUAAUCAUGAGAGGUACAAAGGUCACUUCUGAUGUCUUUUGUAAAUCUAGUCUUCAAAUUAUUGUAUAAAUACAUGUAUGUAAUAUGAAUAUAAUAAAAAUGAUAUAAU